CUUGAAGAUCAGUCAGAAAGAGAAAUUUAGCAUCAUCUGUGACAGAGUGGACGAAAAAUGCCAGUAAAAUGUUGUUUCUACAGGUCACCAACUACAGAAGCAAUGACAUGGCCUGAAAAAAUGGACACACUCUUAGCCAAUCAAGCUGGUUUAGAUGCUUUUCGAACAUUUCUAAAAUCAGAAUUUAGUGAAGAAAAUGUUGAAUUUUGGCUUGCCUGUGAAGACUUCAAAAAAACAGAAUGUGCAGAAAAGAUAGUUUCCAAAGCCAAGAGAAUUUAUUCUGAAUUUAUUGUAGCUGAUGCACCAAAAGAGAUUAACAUUGACUUCAGUACCAGAGACCUCAUCUCAAAGAAUAUUGCUGAACCAACCCUCAAAUGUUUUGAUGAGGCUCAGAAGUUAAUCUAUAGUCUCAUGGCCAAAGAUUCUUUCCCUCGAUUUCUGAAGUCAGAGAUUUACAAGAAACUGGUGACAAGCCAACAGGUUGGAAGUCAAAAAAGGUGGCUCCCUUUCUUGUGA